AUGACUAUUGCUGCAUAUGCGUAUGAAACAAAUGAAGCAAGAAGAGCACAUGAACUAGUAAACGAAAACUCAACUUUAACCAUUGAAGGCAAUGAUUUAGUCAUUGACGAUGGAAAAACUAAAAAAGUCAUUGAUUUCGAUACUUUUAACACUUAUGACCCAUUCAUUACAACAAGCAAGGUUCCCAUCAUAAAUGAUGGAACGGUGCAAUAUAUAAAUUCUACAGUAGAUGCCUCAUUAGUGAAAGUACUGAAUGUUCUCAUUGAAUUGUUAAAGAGCUUUCGAUUUGACGACAACAUUAAAUGCCUAAAGAAUUUAGUCAUGAAUGAGAAACAAAUUCUCGGCGUUGCUGGUAGCAGUAAUGAUGUACACCUUAUGACAUUAGAAUAUUAUAACGAACAUAAAGAUGAACUGAAAGGAGAGAAGGGUGACACCGGACCUCAAGGACCACAAGGAAUACAAGGACCUCAAGGCGAAAACGGUUUGGAUGGAAAGGAUGGAAAGGAUGGAAAAACUGCUAAAUCAUGGAUAUGGGACCUUAUAAAUACUGGUUUAACAGCUGCUUCAUAUGGAGUUCUUCAAUACCAAAUCGGAAAGAUAUGGGCAGUACUUGGUGAAGAAGCUUUAGAUGACGUUAAAAAUGCUUUGAACUUCAUUUCAAAUGGUUCGGAUACUAUUAAAACUUUAUCUGGUUGGAUGCAAGAAACAAGGAGUCAAAUAGAUACUGUAAGACGUAUAGCAAACAAUGCACGUACGGGAUUGGAUACUUUACGAGAAGCACAAAAUACACUAAAGGAAGCAAAUGAUAUUCUUGGCUCAGUAUCAGACAUGCAUGAAGAUUGGCUUAAAGGUAUUGACAAAUCUUUAAAAAAUCACAGUCAGUCUAUUGCUGACUACAAGAAAAGUAUAGAUUUUUUACAUAGUGCUAUGGACGUACAUGAUGGAAGCAUAAGGAACUUACUUAAUGCUAACAAUAACUUACCAGGAACUAUUAAAGCAUUUAUAAA